AAGCAAGAGCCCCUGCAAGGUCAUCUCAUAUCCUAAGAAUUAGGUACACCUAUCUGCAUUUAAUCUUUAAGCACUUGUUUCCUAUGGGUCAUCGAAUAUUAGCGUGGGAAUAAGCGAACAAAAUGUUAUCGAGCAUGAUUUCUGAGUUUCGUUCUGAUUCAAAUAAGAAGCUAGAAUCAUCAGUUCUGCUCCAGGUUAGCAGCUUUUUCAAGAAGUCCACCAAAAACAAAUCUUCAACAAAAAGCCCAGCAGACACGGAAAAAGAACUUCCUGAUGAUGGAGGCUCCAGCAGAGGCAGCCAGAGCAAUGCUUAUUAUACACCUUUCCUGAAGUUUACUCACAAAGGACCAGCCAAAGAUACUGAUGUGCUUCCCUUCAGAUUUACCAUCCUCCAAAAUCCUCCGGUUCCCUUCAAGAAAAGAAGAGCCAUGUUACCUCAUGCUAAAUUCGACAUCAAAGUGCGGUUCCGGCGACACUUGGAACAUGGACCAGAUCCUUAUGAAUAUGAGGUGUUCGUGACUCAUGGCCCGUUCUCGUGGUGUGUGUUCAGAGAAUACGAACACUUCGGAGAAAUCGAGGAUUCUCUCAUUGCAAACGCCAUCUGGCGGAGAAUCGCCAGCGGGAAAUCGUCUGUGUCUAAAUUCACUCCCGUGUUCCCAUAUCCGCCGGACUCCGACGUGCCACCAGAAAGCGCAAAGCGACGGGCUCACGAGUUUGAAAUCUACUUGAAUGACGUUCUGGCCGCGGAUGACUCGUUUGAUCAGGACACAAUUUUGGAUUUCUUGGGUCUCAGCAUAAUUUCCUUGGUCACAGACAUGGGUGACAAGUUGUAUGAGGGCUAUGUGCAACUGAGGGACUAUCAGGUGGUUGGCACGAAGCCCUUGGUGGAAUAUGUGACUUCGCUCACGUGCUCCGAAUUUUUUUUCAAGAGGAUGCGCUGGUUGGCAAUCAAAGACAGUUUCCUAGCGGUGUAUAAGCCACAAACCGGAAAACUCUGUUUCGUGAUUCUGGUUGACCAACAGUAUCAAGUGGAGCCUGACAAGGACAAAAAGGGUGGUAUGGUGAUUGGGAACAAGAGUAUAAAACUGCGAAUAGGGUUCCGCUCCCAGAACUGGUUCGAAAACUGGUACGCAGAACUCGCCACCUUGCCCAUUCUUCCCGGGGCUCGUGAUUACGCUCGUUACCACAGAUUCGGAAGUUCUUACCCCGAGAGACCCAAGAGCUACGGGGCUUGGUACGUGGACGGAGCGACGUUCAUGGAAAGCGUGGCGAACGCCAUCGAGGAUGCGAGGGAAGAGAUUUUCAUCACUGACUGGUGGCUGACGCCCGAGGUUUUCCUUAAACGCAGAUCGAAAAAGGCCAAACGCGAGGAACACUUCAAUCCUGAUUACUGGCGCCUGGAUUUCACUCUCCAACGAGCAGCUGACAGGAUCAUUGCACAAGACCUGCAGCAUCGAGGGGUGAAAAUCUUCAUCCUCCUUUACCAAGAGAUCGAAAGAGCAGUGGAUCUCGGCUCAAAACGUACUGCAAAUCUGCUGAAAGGUUUGCAUAAAAAUGUGCACAUCAUUCGACACCCGCAGCGGCUGUACAGAAAAACUCUGACUCUCAGACACCAUGUCACUUGGCUGUGGUCGAAUCACGAGAAAAUUAUCGCCAUCGACCAAAAUUACGCAUUCAUUGGCGGUCUUGACUUGUGUUAUGGCAGAUGGGAUACACGGGAACAUUCCUUCAUUGGAGAAAAUGUUGUGCUUCCAACCAGGUUGGCGGAUUACGCGGAGAAAAUUGGAAUAAAUCAACAGAAGAAAUCCGUGCCCACUGAAUUAUUGAAAAAUCAACCAGAAGGCGCGCCGAUGACCUGGUUAAUUUUUCAAAAGCUACGAGAAACCGCACUCACAAGUUUUUCUGAAAACUUCGAGCAGGCAAGCAAGAAAAGGACUUUCAAGGAAAGGAGAGGCACCAUCAAGGAUGAUUUUGAUACAUUGGGGGAAGCCGCACAGCAAGAAGAAGGCUUACAAAAAUUGAAUUUAGCGGUAAUGCGUGAAGCUGAUGAACGGCGAAGUCUGGAGAAUAUUCAGAUAGAUCUUCGUCACACGCCAACCGCAAGAGGUCAUAUGCUUUGGCCGGGAAAGGAUUUCUCGAAUUCCACAUUAAGCGAUUUUAAAAACCUUCAAUUUCCUUACAGCGGAGGGUUGUCCCAGUUGGAGGCGACCUGUGAUAUUUCUAUGGUAGCUGAUAUUGAUCGGAAAAGCACUCCGAGGAUGCCUUGGCAUGAUGUUUCCGUUCUGGUCUUGGGAAGAGCAGCACGGGAUGUAGCCAGGCACUUCAUUGAAAGAUGGAAUCAUUGUAAAGUACAUGCCCAGGCAAGGUACAAAAACCGUAGAGUCACACGCGAAUAUCCGAUGUUGGUGCCAAAAUCUGUGGUCCACUUUCGGGUGGAGGAUCACGGCAAAAAGAUACGGUUCAAACCAUUUCUGCUGCCAAUCAAUGUCCAGGUGGUGCGCAGCGUGUCAGAAUGGAGCGCGGGCGUAAACGUAACGGAGUCUAGCAUACACAAGGCCUACAUUGAAUCAAUCGCCGAAGCCGAAUACUUCAUCUACAUCGAGAACCAAUUCUUCGUCUCGCCAUCACCGCUCAACAAAGUCACUCGCAACGAAAUCAGCGACGCCAUCUUUAACCGCGUCGUUAGAGCAGCCAAAGAGCUGAAGACAUUCCGGGUCUUCAUCAUCAUCCCCUUAUUGCCGGCGUUUCCAGGGGGUAAAGGGGAAAACGUGCUGGGAACCGCAGCGAGGAUGAUUACCGACUGGAACGCGCAUUCAUUAUCCAAGGGAAAGCAUUCUUUGCUUCAGCGACUCACGGACGUGGGGAUCCAGUGGGAGAAGUACAUCGGAGUGUUCUCACUUAGGACGCAUGGGAGAUUGCUGAAUGGAGAUCUAGCGACUGAACUGAUUUACGUGCAUUCUAAGCUCAUGAUUGUCGACGACAAGAGAGUCAUUUGUGGGUCAGCGAACAUCAACGAUCGGAGCAUGCUGGGGAGCAGGGACUCUGAAAUCGCCUUCGUCAUUGAUGACAAGCAUAAGGAAAACGAAAUCGCAUCAAAAAUGAACGGAGAGCCAGUUAUCGUGGGCCUCUUUGCAUCUUCUUGGAGAAAGCAGUUAUUUGCGGAACACCUCGGACAGCUUAAGCCGUCGAAAUGGAAUCUCGACGAUCGCUUUGUUCACUCGAGACCACUCGCCAAUUCGAUACCUUUGGACGAUCCGAUCAGCCACGAAUUUUGGUACGCGUUUAAAAACAUCGCGCGACGGAACACCAAAAUUUACGCGGAGCGACUCACGGACGUGGGGAUCCAGUGGGAGAAGUACAUCGGAGUGUUCUCACUCAGGACGCAUGGGAGAUUGUUGAACGGAGAUCUAGCGACUGAACUGAUUUACGUGCAUUCUAAGCUCAUGAUUGUCGACGACAAGAGGGUCAUUUGUGGGUCAGCGAACAUCAACGAUCGGAGCAUGCUGGGGAGCAGGGACUCUGAAAUCGCCUUCGUCAUUGAUGACAAGCAUAAGGAAAACGAAAUCGCAUCAAAAAUGAACGGAGAGCCAGUUAUCGUGGGCCUCUUCGCAUCUUCUUGGAGAAAACAGUUAUUUGCGGAACACCUCGGACAGCUUAAGCCGUCGAAAUGGAAUCUCGACGAUCGCUUUGUUCACUCGAGACCACUCGCCAAUUCGAUACCUUUGGACGAUCCGAUCAGCCACGAAUUUUGGUACGCGUUUAAAAACAUCGCGCGACGGAACACCAAAAUUUACGCGGAGGUCUUCAACUGCAUUCCGUCCGACAGCAUAAGAAAGCAUCAGCAAGCCAAGUUAAUUGUGGCCUCUGAAGCGUUGUUCACAUGCAAUCCAGCUGAAGCAGAGAAUCGUCUGGCUCAAGUAAGAGGACACUUGGUGGAAUACCCUUUACAUUUCCUGGAAGACGAAAACUUGUCUAUGACUGUGGGAACGAAAGAAUUCUUCUUGCCGGCAUCGUUCUGGACUUAGAGCUUCGCAAAAAUUACAGCAGUUUGGGGGUACUGUACUGUAUUCCGAAUUUCGAGUGAAAAUCAAGUGCUGAAUGAUGACAUUAUUCUACGACAUGCGAAUUUUCUGACUUCUUUAAUGAGGCAAUGAGUUAACGCAGUGAAAUCUUCCAUGCUUUCCUUUUAAAUUUUGCGUCACCAUUACGGCAUCCGCACUUUAAAUUUAAUCUCGUCCUCCCUAACUCAAUCGCUUUCCCUCUCAGACCGCCAUAGCUCGAAUAUUCUGGAGGCAUUUCGGCUAUUACUGUAUUUUAAUGACGCAGG